AUGGAACGAAUGGAGAGAAAACCUAAGCUUCAUCAACAUCAACACAGUGAAAUCACCAAUGACGCGGGUCUUCCUCUCGAUCUGAUCAUCGACAUACUCUCUCGACUCCCCGCGAAAUUCAUCUGCCAAUUUAGGUGUGUCUCCAAACUCUGGCGUGCCAUUCUCUCUCCUCCCGACCCUGUUCUCCAAAAUCUACAUCGCAAUCGCUCCAAUUCAACCCCACUUUUGUUGUUUUUCUACAAUUCAUACCACUAUAUCUUCUUCUCUUCCUUAGACACACAAGGACAGUUGCAGAACUGGUUCACCAAGCAGAUAGGAAGUCCAGUACAGUCAAGGAGGUUUUGUCAAGGUUUAAUGUGUUUACUUUGUUCUGAACAUGUCUAUGUUUGCAAUCCGAGCACCCAAGAGCUUUUACAAGUUCCAUAUUCAAGUAAGCUUUGUGACAUUUAUGAUUUUGCUCUGGGGUUUCUGCCUUCCACCAACGAAUAUAAGAUCGCGCAUUGGUUUCUGGAAAGGGAUAGAAAUCUUGACAUGGUGAUGGUGUGCCAACUUUUUACUAUAAAAGGUGGACCAAAUUCUCAUGGUACUUGGAGAGUCGUAGGAAAUUCUCCUCAUUUUCUCAGUGUUCGUAGACACCCAAUCUGCGUGAAUGGAUCAUUUUAUUGGCUUGUCAAUGGGCUCAGAAAUAGUGGAAAUUCCAUGAAAAUACUUGCUUUCGAUUUGGCUACAGAAGAAUAUGAAACGGUUUUGUGUCCCAAAACUUAUUCAGGCCGUUACGAUGACACAGAUCAGUUGUUAUCAAUAGAAGGGUCGUUAUGUUUAGUGUACGGAAAGCAAGGGGAACCGCACAUUGAUAUUUGGAUGAUGAAAGACCGAAAGAAUCAAAUUUGGACCAAGGAGUACAGCUUUGAUAUCUUCGCCACGAAUAGACCUCUUUGGAUUUUGCAAUACAUUCCUUCAGGGGAUGGUCGUGAUGAGGAAAUGCUGAUUUGGUCACAGAAAGGAUGCCUUCUCUUCUACAACAUUAAGACAAGGUGCAUCAGAAAUAUGGGAAACUUAAUCAAUAAAAAUAUUGGCAUUGAUUUUGAUAUGGGGGUACACCUUUGGCCACAUCUCUACUUCGACAGCUUAUAUUCACUGGGAGCUAGAUAAAUUUCUUUUCCUUGAAAUGUAUAUGUUUGAAAAUGUUGAUGUUAAAAUGCAUGUGAUUAGAAAGGAGUGUUGAUAAACUCUCAAUGCAGGCUGUUAUAUUCUGUGGCAUUAAUGUUAAUCUUGGUAGGUUGUGAAGUAGUACCUCUCUUUUCACUCCCUGAUUGCUACCAUUACAAAGGCCUGCAUAGCUAGGACAUGAGUGCAAUCAUACGCAGCUUGUUAAAACCAAAUUUGAAAUUGUCAAAUUUCGACAUCAGCCACAUUGAUUAUUGCAUGU